AUGUAUAAGUUCAAUUUCUGUAGCGAUUUUCAUUUCAUUUCAGUUUUAAUUUUUAACCGAAUAAAAGUGUUUUUCCGUAUAAUCAUUAAAAAUGGGAGUUCAAUAUUUGACUAGAUUUGUUGAAGAUAACAAACUAUACAGUUCCAUAAAUAUUUGUGAAAAGAUUCGAGAAAAUGCGAAUGCCAUUAUAAUAUUCGAUGUAAUGGGUUUUGUGCAUCUAUUUGGAUCCUGUACAGAUGAAUUAAAUUUGGGAGGACGACAGCAUAGUUAUCUCCGUGUAUUCGAAAAAUUCGUGGAUGAACUCAAAAAAGCUGGAGCAACACUAGUAUUUUUCUGUGACGGCCAAUUGCAACCAGAUAGAAAUGAUAUAUGGUGCAGUCGACGUGAUAAUGAGUUUCAUGAUGCAAUGUCGCUCAUUGGAAAUUCUUCGAAUGCAAAUCAACGAAAACCAAAAAGAUUUGGAUGUAAAACCCUUUCGAAAAGUCUUACAAAACUAAUUGAAGAUAAGAAUUAUGGUGAUGUUUUGAUUUCAACUCAAGUAGAGUGUGAUUCAUCAAUUGCAAAAUAUGCUGCUGAAAAUAAAGCAUUAGCAAUUGUCGCAAGCGAUUGUGAUUUCCUAAUCUACGAAGGAAACGCUGAAUGGUGGGACAUAAAAUUUAUUGAUAUGGAAAGAAUGCAAGCCAAUGCCUAUGAUCCACGUAAACUACGCCGUUUUCUUCAUCUGACAGAUGAUAGGCAAAUGAAAUACGUUGCAACAAUUGCCGGAAAUGAUUGUACUAAAUCUAUAAUCAAUCAAAAAUACAUUAAUUUUAAAAAAAUUGCACAAUUUUGUGCUUCUCUAAAUCCAGAACAUUCCGAUGAAGAGAUUUUCAAAAAAAUCGAAAAAUACAUGCGCGAAUCUAUGUACGUUCGGGCAAAUGAUGCAAGAGAUUGUAUCAUCAAAAGCAUCAAGUCAUACGAUAUAAAUUUCAACACAACCGAUAUCGAUCCAUUCGAUAAAUAUUGCUCAUCGAAUGUUUUGAUAUACGCUUUUCGAAACGAUGCAGUGUUUCAAUAUGAAGUUAACUUUCUCGAUUUUAACAUAAGGAACCAUCAAACUAACCAACCUUAUUUCAACGAGCUUUUAACUGUUUUUUGUAAAUUGGGUGGAAUUAUACUAAAGGACAAAUCUAAAAGCGACCCAAAAUUGAAAAUUGUUUCGAAAUAUUCAAUGAAAGAAAAAUACCUGCGAAAGAUCCAUCAACCGAUUUAUCCAAAUGAUGACGUGAAAUUUGAAAAUCUGAUUCUUGAACCAAGUCUUAACGACGAUGUCAAGUGGAAUUUGCUUCUUUGGAGCAUCGGAAUAGAUGCACAACUCAAGUUUUUUUUGAAGAAAAUUCCAGUGGAAUAUGUUCUAACAGUUUUGGCUAUAUUUUUCCUGCACAAUAAGACACAGGAAAUUGAUCACUUACAAGCAAAUGCAAUAUUGAAAACUCAAUAUGACUUUUUGGAAAAACGUAAAUUUCUGCCAUCGAUGAAACCAAAUUUGAAUAGAGAGUCGAUUCGUGUUGGACAACUUUUCAAUAAAACAAAUACCUUGUUAUGGGACUGCUUUACGGUGUGCGGACUCAAGAAAUUCAUUCAAUUGGAUUGGUUUGAUGGACCGUACUUCGGUCAUAUCUUAAAUAGAUUUCAACAAGCAGACGUCUAUGAAAGGGACAUGAAAGAGAUUAAGGAAAGUGUUACAAAUAUAAAUAACUUCAUCGUGGACGAUAAAAGAUUUCAACAGAAAUUGGAUUUUCACCAAAAUUACAAUGAAUAAAAUGAUCAAAGUAUCAAAAUAGGAGUCUAGUAGAACUCCAAAUUUGUCGAAAAACAUUAAAAUAAACAACAAAUUUUUUAAUUCACAAAAUUGAAAUGUACCAAUAGAACACUAUUCAUAUUGUAGUAUCAAUAUUAUCAAUACUAUCACAAUAUAUCGUUAGCGUCAUUAUAUUCACUGUCAAAAUAUGUCAAUUAUUAUCAAAAUAAAGUUUUUGUCUAUAACUAAUAAGAUGUAACCCAGUUCAUUUCUUAUUCAAUUUACGAAUAUGUACGGUGUUAUGCUAAAUAUGAAACGAUUAGUGGGUUUUUUAUUUAGUAGAAAGUAAGAGUGAUCAAAAUGCAAUAAGAAAAAAAAGAAGGGCACAAAGAUCAACUCAAAAAAUUGCAAGCAUAGAAUAAGUAUAUACUUUAAUCAUUUUCACUU